UUAAAAUGGACGAAAUCGGAAAAGUAGAGGCGAGUAGAUAUCGUUGGUCGAGUAAAGCUUGGGGAAAAAAAGUAGAAGAGAAGGGCCGUGGGCAAAGGUGAAAGGACCAGGAGGAAUCGGCCUCCAAUCAAACUGGAAUCACUAGUUUCAAUAUGCAGCUGCCAGCCAUCUCAGGUAUUCGAAGAAGCCUCAAUACUUGGAAUUGGAAACUUCAAAUUUCAAGACCCCAGUGAUUGUUCUUCGUCUAGAGUGAAUGGGUAGAUGGCGAGCUGCUGGUUCGCUACUCCUCAAUCACACAUCCAGAAGACGACUCCAAAAGACCCUUUUUAUUAACAGUCCAUGUCUUUCGCUGGAAAUCGAUCGUUCUGCUUCUUAUUCUUCUUGCUGCCGGCCAUGUCGGAGCCCUCCGCAGGGGGGUUAUUCAUUCUUGUUCAGGUCGUUUUCCGCGUACCCAUCUCGGGUUCCAGCUUAUUCCAGCGACAAUGAAUCUGGGUCUCAUGAGAAUUUCCCCAUGGAGCUUAAGGAAGACGAGAGCGACUUUGGGAAGAUUCCGGUCAAAGCCUACUUCCUCUGCACCAGAACUGGCUCAGAGAUGCAGUUGCUUGCUACGUGUGUUCUUCUUCUCCCUAUACUUUCUGGUUCCGCUUUGCUUACCUUUACUGCUUUCGUUCUUUUCCCUCGUGAUGGUUCUCAGAUUCAUCGUUUUGGCAGUAUUGAUUUGAAGAACAUGCAAGGGGAGCAUUUAAUCAAUGUUGUUCCUCCUACCUCACGUUCAACAAAUUAUAUUGUCCUCAGAUACUAUGAUUACCAACCGGAAAUUACUGCACUUGGAAUCAAAGAGAAUGUGAGCUGUCGCUACAUGGUUGUUUUCCAAUAUGGUUCUGCUGUUCUUAUCAACAUUGAAGACCAUGAAGUUGAAAAUUAUGCCAUAAAAGAGAAACCACGCCUAGAAGAUGACAUGCAAGGAGGUCCAGACUACAUAGUCCUAAAAACUUUAGAUACUGACAGCAUCCGUAUUAUUGGAAGUGUACUUGGCCAAAGUAUUGCUCUGGAUUACUUUGUUUCACAGGUAAGAUGACUUUGAAGCUUCAUUUAGCUUGUUGGUGACUACAAAGAAGGUAAUGUAAAGAUUCUACUUGUAUUCUGCAAUCUUCAUUUGUGUAAGGGCAUACUUUGUCUCUCUCUCAGGUUGAUGGAAUGGUAGAAGAGUUCGCUGGCAUAAACCGUGGAAUGGAGAAAACUGGAACAUUUACAAUGGACAGGACAACACUCAUCAAACUGGUGGGGAAAGCGAAUUCUAAUCUAGCUGACGUAAUUCUUAAAGUUGGUCUUUUUGAAAGGUCUGAAAUUGCUUGGAAGGAUGCAAAAUAUUCUCAAAUAUAUGAGUACCUUAGGGAUGAAUACGAGGUCGCUCAACGAUUCGGAAGCUUGGAUUUCAAAUUGAAAUUUGUGGAGCACAACAUUCAUUUCCUUCAAGAGGUUAUACAAAAUAGGCGAUCUGAUCUUCUGGAAUGGUGCAUCAUCUUCCUCUUAACUUUGGAGAAUGCAAUAUCAAUAUAUGAGAUAGUGAGCGGUUCUUAGGUUUUAUUUUCUAUAUACCUUUUCUUUUUUUUUUUGGUAGAAAAAUGGGACGCUAAAAGGGCGCCCCUGCCUGCUACUUAGAUUAAGCGAGAUUGAGCAAUGCUCAAAGUAUCAUACAAAAUCCAAAACGAUAAACCUGGAUCAUCGAUCCUGAAAUCAUGGUAACCUAUGCUAACACCGUGGCCCUUGUUGGCCAAGAAGUCCGCGGCCUUGUUGCAUUCUCUGUAGGUAUGGGAGAUUUUAACUUCCCAGUCUUGCUGAACUAGUCCCUUGAAUUGUUGGACCAGUUGAAGUACCUGUGCUCGGUCUGAUUUUGGGAGGAGAGGAUAUUGACAGCAGUGGUAGAAUCCAAUUGAAUGUGAACUUUGCGAUAGCCUUUCCUCCAAGCCACCUGCAGGCCACGAAUUGCCGCCUUGAUCUCGGCCCUGGUGAUCGUGCAAAUUCCCAGAUUCUCCACGAAAGCGUCCACGCAGCGUCCUGUCCAAUCACGGAUCAAGCCUCCUGCUGCCGCAAGCGAUCCCGGUUGUUUGACCGAUCCGUUGGUAUUGAUGCUCAUCCACUCUGUCGGGGGAGGUUUCCACGCAAGCUGCUGCGAUAUCUUCACCGGAGUCUGGUCGUGGGAGGCCCUGUCGCUCAGUUGCGCAUUGCGGAUAGUAUUGGUCCAACACCUGAUCCGAUGCGCCAGGAUGUGAUCUUCUUGAGUCAAAUUGUGGAAAGUCUUCUCGUUCCGUCUCUUCCAGAGAUACCAGCACGCCACUCCAAAGAGAAGUCCUUCCUGAUCGCUCCCGAGGUGUGACUCUAGCCAAGCUGUAAAACCAAGGCCGCAAGUGAGAAGAGUAUCAUUUAUCCCCAACAAUAGCCAUACCUGUUUGGAGCUGGGACAGUCACGCAGGUGGUACAGGCUUCAUUGUUCGUCAACUUCCUCCUCUUCCGUUCCGCAUUUGUCAUCAACCUGUCAUGGAAAACAAGCCAGAGAAAAUGCUUAAUCCGGUUUGGUCCGGACCAUUUCCACAACUGCUUCCAGUGGGGUUGAGGGGUUUCCCCAUCCGUUCGGAUAUUUGUGUAUCCGAUCCAAUCAACUGCAGCAUAGUAUGUCGACCGCAGUUUAAAUUUCCCGUCAGGUUCCAUUCCCCAUGCCGUGAUAUCUUCUCCCGAGCCUGCCGUCGGUGGGUCAGUACCUGCAACCAGGAAAAUAAGCUGUUGAGUCAGGUAUGGUUCGAUUUCCCUCCAAUUCCACUCACCUUCAUCAGUGGUCAUAUCCGCCACGGUGGCGUGCCAGUUAAUGCCUUGCCCUCCAUUUUUGACGUGAUCCCGCAGGAUAAGGCCCUCGGCCAGCCAAGCAUCGGUCCAAAAUUGGACAUUGUGGCCCUCUCGGAUGUCCCAGACAAUCCGUUCCUUGAUGAUCGGCCAGCACUCCACAAUCCAUUUUCAAAGUCUAGAGUAAUUACUCUUUCUCAUGACAAGUUCACCUGCAGCAUUAGAUUUAAAAUAUUUCCCUUGCAUCACACGAAUCCACAGGUCGUCGGACUUAUUCAGGAAGGCCCACCCAAGUUUCAUUAGAUAAGCGAGGUUACCUUUUCUUUUGAUAGAGCAGAAUAUAGUGGGAAUUUAUUUCAUAUUAAUGACCAUUAUUGUAGAGGAAAAAUUAUUGUUUCAGUAGCACAGGAAAUCGAAAAUUUCCUAAGCAACUCCCCCAUUUUGUAAUGCCAUUGCCGCAUCAACAGUAACAUUUAUAGUUGAAAAGUAAAACUGCUACCACCAUUUAAAAUUCCUUGCCCGUAGAGUGAUUUCAGGAGUCUGACCUGGCAGUCCAUUUAGGCGGGAUAUCUUUCCUUUUUCGCAACCUGCAACCGUCCUCCUUCCUAUUCCUGUUCUCAUCUCCCAUCUGAAAGAAUCCCGAAUCUGCCCCGCUCUCUCGCAUCUUCCUCCAACACAGGUGAACACACUACAGAAAAUUCCCAAUUCGAAACAAUUGACAAGCGGCAUCCCUAAUUACAAGAAAAUCAACGAAGCUAUUGGCUAACUGAGUACUUGAGAGUUCGGAGAUUGCGCUUGGGAGUGCGGCGAGGGGUCUGGGCGGCGAAGCGGUGGUGGACGAGCGGGGCUUCGAUCAACACCAAGGGGCUUCCCCAUUUCCGUCAAUCCGGUCGAAGAAGACUAUGAACGCAUCUCGCAAAUCGGGAACUUCGAUCGGAGAGAGGGUAGGAGCAAGCAGGGGAGCCGUUGUUGUCCCCGUCGCAGCCGGGGUAAUCAAUUGUCUCGCAACCAGGUUUGCACAGCAAGGAAUCCUCGCAAUCGUAUAGCCAGGUGUCGUUCUCUUCCGAUUUUCCGAAGUAGCGGUUCCCGAUGAAGGAGAAGGCGUUCGAUUCCUCUACUAUGUCCAGGAAUCUCUUCCAAUUGGUGUCGUCAUCUGCGCGAAUCGACUUUACUUCAACUCCCUAUUCAAAAUAUUUGCAGCCAAGCGAUGUUUCUUCUUACCCGCUGACCGACGCAGGCACGUUCCAGCUAGCACCAUCGGUUUUUGAUUCUCGGCUUCCCUUGGAUAAAAGGCCCUCUUCUGUUCCAACUCCUUUUAUCAAGGAGACAAGUUCUUCCGCCUAUUCCUAAUCUUCUUCCUUCUGUACAGGACUGGGAAUACAUUAGGAUGAGAUAGCAGACUGCUGUAGGUGGAAAAGUAUAGAGUCCACACUGGUGCUUGACUGUUGUGGUAGUGCUGGAAGUUGAACAUGGUUAUUGUUGCCUACCACGUAUGGAGGUAAACUUCGUCACGUUUUUUACUGCUCAGAGAAGAAGGGUCACAUAGUCUUUAUAUGUAUUUCGGAUUGCUAUCUACUGAGUUUUUGCCUGUUAAGAAAAUGAUUCUCGAUUGAUGAAUAGCUUAGUGGAUCUCCUCCUUUCGGGUAGUCGGGAGGGGUUUUGACAUCGAGUUUUUGAUUGGGGUAUCCAUCCAUACCAUGUUUGGCUAUUGUGUGUUUAUUAUGCAGUCCAAAGAAAUACUACUGGAUGAAAGAGGUUGUAUUGGCUGCACUCCAAAUUGAUAUGGUUAAAUGAAACUCGGAAGUAGCUGAGGGAAGAGCUAUUCUCUGUGGUCUGAAUAAAGCAAUGAAAAGGAGAUAUUGUAUCCUUUGAGGCAUGUGCCGACUGAUUUCCUUUCAAUGAAGGCUUUUGUUGUUUCCUCCAUAGAAGAAAGAAGUGGUCAUACAGGACAAUCAAUCAAAACCUUUGGUUUGGGGUUUACCGAUUAAUGCUUUUCUAAUAUAUCAUUAUGUGAAGGAAUUUGAUACUCUUGCCUCUAUUUGCUGCAAAGUAAUCUUGAUUUCUGACUGACUAUUAUUUUUGCAUAUGGUUUUAUAGUACGAGAAACUUCAUUUGGAUUGCUUUGUAUAUAUAAUGGUUGUAUCUUUGUUGAUUCCAUGAAUUUUAGGUCUCCUUAUUGUUAUUAUUGACAUUUUAAUGUUGAAUUUUAGGUAUAGUAGUAUUGGAUUAUCAGACAGAUGGUACUUACGAGUAGCUGAAAAUCGCAGGCAUAGGAGUAGAGUUGCAAAACCUUCCUCGGCAUGGAUAUAUGGUGGGUAUAUAGUUAGAAUAUUUGAAGAUGAUGUGAUAAUUUUCUCCAAGCCCGCUUAUUACCAUCUCUAAUUCAGUUGAAGGUUUAAUGGUUAUAACAAAACAUGG